UACCUAAUAAUGGUGUAUAUGAUAAGACAGAGGUAAAGUUUGGAGAACGUUUAAAAUUAACAUGUCAACUUACAAAUGAUGAUGCAGACAAGAAGGAAUUAAAUGCUGUUUGUAUAUAUAAAGAUAAGGAUACUGGUCUAGGUUUUGCUGGGGAUGACAUCACAAAGUGUCCAGAAAUAAACUGCGGUGAUCCUGAGUUAGUAAUGCCUACUGGUGGGAAAUAUUUAAACAAUGUAGGACCCUUGACAACAACAUAUUUAUCCAGCAACUCAAAGUUUACAUUUGACUGUGAUCCUGGUUAUGAUGUGAUAGGAUCAUCCGGUGAUGAAGAAGGUGAUAAUGUAGUCAAGUGUAAGGACAAUGCUAGAUGGAGUUUUGGUACACUUGCUUGUGCAGGAAAAAUGUGUAGUGAUCCGGGCACACUAGGAGAUUCAAAACAGGUGUUUGAUGGUUAUGACAUAGGCUCAGAACUUUAUUACACAUGUGACAGAGAUGGAUUUACUGUUCCUGACAUCAAGUACACAUGUCAAUAUAUCGGUGGUAAUGCCGAGUGGUCUAACAAUCUUGUAGGAAAUUUACCAGAAUGUACAGACACGACUAAACCAACAUUUAGUGGCAGCUGUGGGGAAACAAAGGAUGUAGAUGCUGUUGACAGUGUCAGCUUUAACACACCUACCGCUUCUGAUAACUUCAAACUUGCUUCAAUCACCAUGACUGAUAAUAUUAGGCCAGGUGACAGAAUUAUCACCGACACUUCAGUCACAUACACAGCUGUAGAUUUUGAAGGAAAUACAGAAACUUGUUCUGUUCAAUUCAAUAUCAUAAAUCGUAAUGACAAACCUACUUUAAAUUGUCCCGAUUCCAAAACUUUCGUGGUUACUUCAAGAAAUUCUGAAACAUACGAUUACAAUGAAGAUGUUACAGUUUCUGGUGGUGACAUCACUAGUGUGAAUCCUUCAAUCAUUCGUUCUUCUGUUGAUAAGAUAGGUACAAUGGAGCUGAUAACUAUUACAGCAGCCAAUGAAUUUAACACUGAAUCAUCUUGUACCUAUAUGGUACAUUUUGUUGCGGGUGCUUGUUUCCAAGAGGAAUUAUUUGAUGAUGUUAAUGCUGGAGUACCAGUUUGUGUUACCGAGGGUAACGAACUUGUAUGUACAUCAACAUGCAGGGCUGGCUAUAUGUUCUCAGAUAAAACCACAGAGAAGACAUUUAGAUGCACAGGGUCAGGAUCAUGGGAUUAUAAUCAGUCACCAAUUGUAGAACCUCAUAAUCGAUACUGUCUAAGGCAAAAUAACCCACAGUAUGAUGUUCCAUUCACUGUACAACAUAGAUUAAGUUUUCUUACUUUGGGAUGUUUGGAUGCCUUUCGUGUUGCUGUGACUGGGAGUUAUGAAACAACUAUGAAACUAACACUGCAGUCAUCUGUCACUGUGGCCGCUGCUGAUGAAUGUAUCCAGAAACUAGUGAAUGAAGAUAAUUUGAACUCUGUUUUUGUUGUUAACAACAAUGUAUUGACAUGUGAUGGAAAUCAACUGACCCUGUCUGUAGAGACAAUAACAAACGGACAAGGAACAAAGAAUUGCGAGACUGGGUAUUAUCUUGAUGGCGAUAUUUGCUUACAACAUGGUCCAGCACAAUAUUUUGAUGAGGAUACAAAUACUGUUAAAGCGUGCCCAGCGGGACAAUACCAAAAUGGUUUAGCCCAGACAAGCUGUAAAGAAUGUGGUACAGGACAGUUCCCAAAUAGUGAUCAAACUAGUUGUCAACGAACUUGUCCAGCAGGGUUUACAUCUGUAAAUGGGUUUUACCCGUGCACACCAUGUCAGCCAAACACGUACUGGACUGCUAAAGACGAAUGCUCACCUUGUCCAACUGACUAUACAACUGUUGGUUUAGAAGGAGCACCGGAUGACACUAAAUGUUACGCACCAUGUCCUGUGGGUCAGUACUCUAGAACAGGCUAUAAUGUGAAUGGCUGUACAUCAUGUCCAGUUAACUUCUACCAGGAUCAAACAGGACAGAUGACCUGUAAAAAAUGUAGUGACAGCAGUAAAACAUUAACUUCUGGCAGCACAAAAAGUGAUGACUGUAUUGCAAUAACAGAUGCAUGUGACAGAGACUAUUGUAAUGGUCACGGUGAAUGCUCUUUCAAACGUCAUCGUAAUUACUGUACUUGUGACGCAGAUUCUGGUUACUAUGGUGAUAGAUGUCAGAAUAUGUACCAUAUUUGUGAUGGAAAUCCUUGUAAAAAUGGUGGCACAUGUAAUCGUGGAGCUACUUACAAGGACUACACAUGUUCAUGCAGGACAAAUUUGGACACAUGUGAAAUGAAGGUAUCUAAUGAAGAUAAAGUAGGUUCUCAAAAUUCACCCGCUCUAUAUCAAACUUUGCCAAGUACUUUAGAACAGUGUAAGGCAAGAUGUUUAUCAGAUAGCCAGUGUAAAGAAGCCUCGUUUAUUGCUAACCAGUUCUGUUUACUGUUUAAUGACAAUCUACAACCAGCUGAUUUAAUAGAUGAAGAUAUCACAGCAGAUGUCCACUUCAAAAAAGAAUGUAACACAGCAUAUGGUGGUGUAAGAUGUGAACAAGAUACUAAAGAUGACUGUGAGAACAAUAAUUGUAAUGACAACUCACAAUGUAAAGAUAAUAUCAAUGGCUUUCAAUGUAUUUGUCCUGCAAAUGGAGGAUUUUCUGGAAUAAGAUGUGAUGUUGCAAACAGCCCAUGCAAUUCAAACCCAUGUGUACAUGGCACAUGUACUCCCUUUGGAUCUGUGAGAUAUGAAUGUUCCUGCUUUGAUGGUUAUGAUGGUGUAAACUGUGAAAACAACAUAGAUGACUGUGCCAACAACCCUAAUGCCUGUGCGUAUGAUGGAACAUGUGUUGAUCAGGUCAACAGCUAUAGAUGUCAAUGUGAGUCCGGCUUUGGAGGUAUAAACUGUGAGAAUACUCCAAACUUCUGUUUAAGCAAUGACUGUAAGGGAGAUAAUGUAUGUUAUAGCAGCCUGGACAGAAUGGAGGGAGUGUGUACAUGUGACACAGCUCUGUUUGAAACUCGCUAUAGAUGUGAGAUGGUUGUUACUGAAGGAGAAGCUGCUGCAGCAGGAAAAAUUGUUGCCAGUAGAAGUGUUAGUGACAUAGAACAAUGUAAAACAGCUUGUCAGGACAAUCAUGAAUGUAUUUAUGCCAUCUUUAACAAUGGCCUUACUCCAAAUUGCCAAAUGUAUGACAACACCUAUACAGGGGAACAGACGGAAGAUUCUUCAUUUGCAAUUCGAAAAAAUUGUAAUAACAAACCAGAUGUGGGAUAUGCUUGUGACCAGGUUAAAGUACCAUGUGAACUUGUGGAUUGUAAUGAAGGAACUUGUCAAAAUACCAAUGGUAAUCUUGACAGUGUAUGUAGUUGUAAACCUGGUUACACUGGUUCUCUCUGUCAACACAGCAUUGAUGACUGUAUAAAUAAUCAGUGUUUAAAUGAAGCUGAAUGUAUAGAUGGUGACCAGACAUACACUUGCAAGUGUAAAGAUGGCUUUGAUGGUGACAGAUGUGAAAACAACAUUAAUGACUGCCCUGGCUCAUGCGACUUAGAAAAUGGUAGAUGUGAAGACAGAAUUGACGGGUAUAAAUGUAUAUGUAAAGCUGGAUAUGUUGGUGAAAAUUGUGAGACUGAUUUCAAUGAAUGCUCAAGCAACCCUUGUCAACAUGGUGGGACAUGUACCGAUGGUGAAAACAGCUUUGAAUGUGAAUGUGAGACCGGGUAUACAGGAGUCAUGUGUGAAACAAUGAAAGAUAAUUGUGCUGGAAUUCUAACAUGCCAAAAUGAUGGAGAAUAUGUGAAGGUGGAGCUACAGGAGAUAAAUGUGAAAGUGCCACCCUCUUGUGUAAAACACUUUCAAACACAGAUGCUUGUAUAA